AUGGUCCACGCUGUCAACACCAUGCCCACCGCAACUAUUGCAUUGGGUCGCCCCCGUAAGGGCACCUUCCAAGAGAUCCCCGUUUCCUCGACCUCCCACCCAGAUAACCCGAUCCCAGAAGAGCCACGUGGUGUACGAUCUCUAUCCAUCACCGAUUUCUCUUUCAAUGGCUUGCCCUCUUCAGAAUCGGAGUCCAAUGGCUCUCGCUCGCCUUCCACCCCAAUUACGCCACCCGAUACCCAGAGCGAGGAUGAGGGCAAGUCCCAGGGCCGACGACGACGGGCCUCGACCAUUCUGAUCUCGCAGAACUCAGAAGAUAUGAGAAGAGUCCUGGAGAAUGUUGGCGCAGGUGGCACACAGAAGAUUCAGUCCAUGUGCUGUGGUGGGGGCUGUUGCGCAGGUCGGCCACUGCAGCUGCAGGAUGGCCCAAUCUCCGGGUUUAAUUCGAUCACUGCUCCAGACAACAAGGCUUUUGCCAGCUUGAAGCUUAAUUUGAACCUCCUCACCUUGGAUAGUGCUCUCUCCAACAUUACCCCACUCCCAGAGAAGACUGUGUCUUUCUCGCCCGCCCCCACAUCUGCAAAGAAUCUGCCCAUGGGCCCAUCAGAUCACCCGCCACAAUUUGUGCAGCCUCAUCCUCCCUAUGAGGUUUACCGUGCGCCUCUUCACUCUGCACGUGAAUUGACCAAGGGUGGCGCCGAGAAGCGUACCUAUCACUUUGAUAUUGACGUCACCGACUACCCGGCCGAGAGUGGAAUGGUAGAUUUCGUUGUUGGAGGUGCAAUUGGUGUGUGCCCUAAGAAUAAGGACGAAGAAGUCGAGGAUCUUCUGGAUUUGCUGUGCGUGCCGAGGUCGAUGCGAGAUAAGAAGGUCCUCAUGCGUACUACCAAGGGUCGCUGGCCGACUAUCUGGGGUGAUGAUGAACCACGCGAGCUUAUCACAACACGGCGAGAGGUCCUGAGCUGGUGCUCCGAUAUUCAGAGUUACGCCCCAACAAAGGCGCUUUUCCGAACUUUGGCCGAAUACACAACCGAGGAAAACGAGAAAAAGGUCUUGGAGUACCUUGCAUCUGCACAGGGCCAGGGUGCUUUCUGUGAUCUUCGUACCAGCUCUCAUGUCACCCUUUCCCAGUUGCUACAUGCUUUCCCCAGCUCUCAGCCUCCAUUGGACCACCUUCUUUCCGUGCUGAACACCCUGAUGCCUCGAUUCUAUUCCCUUUCCCAAGAUCCUAUGAUCUCUUGUCGAUUCAAGGGUACGGAAUGUCGCCGGUUGGUCGAAGUCGCCGUGACUGUCGCCGAUUCCAACGACUGGCGAGGCGGCCAGCGUACCGGUGUUGGUUCUGGCUACCUUGAGCAGCUCGCUCAGCGGGCCAUCAAGGCCGAAGCCGCUGGUGAGAAGAUUGACGUUCAUGUGCCCAUGUUCCGUGGUCUGAUGGCCAACCCACUUGCCACUCGGUUUGCAUCCGAUGGGCCCAUGCUUCUGAUCGGUGCUGGCGUUGGAAUCGCCCCAUUCCGUGGUUUCGUCCAGCGUCGUCUGCAGUCUGCCAACUGUGCCAACAAGGUCUGGGUUCUCCAAGGCGUGCGUGAUUCCUUGCUUGACGAGCUCUACAGUGGCGAGUGGGGUGUGCACGAGGACAAGGUUCGCACUGUUGUACAAAGCCGUCGCGGUGAGAGCCGCUACGUCCAGGAAGAGGUCCGCCACCAGGCCGAUUUGGUCUGGUAUGUGAUCAACGCCCUCGACGGUCGUGUCUUUGUCUGCGGCAGCGGUAAGGGAAUGGGUGAAGGUGUUGAGGCUGCUCUUAUUGAAGUCGCCAUGGCUAAGGGCAACCUGAACUCCCAGGAAGCUGAGUUGUUCUGGCAGCGCAAGAAGGAAGCUGGCCAAUACAUUGCCGAGACUUGGUAA